UUGCUCGUUAAAGAUUGUGGAUCAUGGGCACGGUUAGCUUGUGAGGCUAAUAUUUUAUCUUAAAAUUAAUACAACAGAGGAAAUAAGGGUUAUUCUAUUGAUUACUCACACAGUCACAAUGAUUGACGACUUCAGGAGCCAGGAGGGGGCCCGGUCCAGCGGGGAGCUGUGGACCGAGAUCUGCUCCAGUCUGCCGGGGACCCAGGCUGCAGCGGCCCCGGAGGUCAACACGGAGUUCAGAGACUCAUUCGAGCCAGCAGCACAAGUGGGAGUGCAGGUCAAUGGUCACUCAAACGGGACAAAUGACAGUUCUUCUGACGCCAUAUGGGAACCCAUGGAGGAUUCUGAUAUCUACAUAGCCAGUUUAGAGAACCGCCUGAAGAAGAUAAAGGGCCAGUCAAGUGAUGUGACAUCCAAGGACAUGUUGUGCUCCUUGUCUCAAGCUAAGAAAGAAUGCUGGGAUAGAUUUCUGCACGAUGCUCAUCCCUCAGAGUUCUUUCAAGGCGGGGAAAUGGAUCAAAGUGCUAUUGAACACUUUAAGAGGUGGCUGAUUCCUGAAAAGGUGGCCAUUAGCGCAGAAGAGCUGGAGUUCCUUCUGAGGCCGUCUCAGAAUAAUGAAACGGCUGAACCAAACCAAACACAGAGUGAAGAGGAAAAGAGAGAUGAAGACAAACCAGAGGAAGAUGAUGCUCACAGCCCGGAGAAAUGAGUGUGUUCAAAUAGUAACACUGAAAAAAAGAACUCAUUCGGCGUGCAUUAACCAUUCCCAUUUUCAGCUGUGUAAUGUAAUAGCAGUGUUUUGGCCAAAGCUUUUGUGAACAGUGGUCAAAAAAGAAAUUACAGCCCAUCAUCAUCCCCCGUAUCCCCAGCAACUGAGUGUUAAGUACUUCUUCAAUCCUUGUUAUUCAUCCCUUCUACUAAAUCACACCAGCAAA